AUGCUCCUGCGCGCGGCGGUCCGCUGGCGCACCGUCGCCGCCGCCGGCGGCGCCUGCGCGGCCCGCGCCUGGGCGCGCUGCGAGGAGGACCUCUACGCGACGCUGGGCGUGGGCCGCAAGGCGAGCGCCGAGGAGAUCCGGCGGGCCUACAAGCUGCGGGCGGCGAAGGCGCACCCGGACCACGGCGGCGACGCCGAGGAGUUCAAGCGCGUCGCGGCGGCCUACGCGGUCUUAUCCGACGACGCGAAGCGGCGGCGCUACGACGCGGGCGGCGGCGCGGGCGGCCCCGGCUCCGGCGGCGGCGGCGGCUUCCCCGGCGGCGGCUUCCCCGGCGGCGGGAGCCAGCAGCAGCAGUUCGACCAGGCGUUCCGGCUCUUCGAGGAGAUGUUCGGCGGCGGCGGCGGCGGCGGCUUCGGCGGCGGCGGCCGGCGCCGCGGCGCGGCGCGCAUCGCGCCGCGCGAGGUCGUGCUGCGCCUGUCGCUGUCGGACCUCUUCGAGGGCGGCGACUUCCGCGUCGCCGUGCCGCGCGUCUGCCGGGGCCGGGGCACGCGCGAGGAGCGCGACCACUCCGUGUCGGUGUCGGUGAAACCCGGCGCGGCCGGCGGCGAGUCCUUCUUCUUCCGCAAGGCCGGCGACGACGUCUUCUACGGCUCCGGCGAGCACGCGGGCCGCCGCGACGUCACGGUCAUCAUCGAGGAGGCGCCGCGCGCGGACCUGCAGCGCCUCGGCGACGAUUUGUUGGUCGCGAAGCGCGUGUCGUUGCUCGACGCGCUCACGGGCUUCGCCGUCGACGCGCCGACCGUCGCGAAGCACGACCCCCGGGGGCGGACCUUCCGCAUCGCGGCGGCGGCGGAGGACCUGCCCGUGGCGCCCGACGACGUCUGGGUCGUGAAGGGCGAGGGCAUGCGCGACGCGCGCGACCCGUCGAAGCGCGGCGACCUCUUCGUGCGCUUCAUCGUCGACUUCCCCAAGGCGCUGCCCGAGGGGGACUGGAAGGCGCGGCGCCGGGCCCUCGCGGGCUUGAUCGGCGGCGCGCCCGACGCGCCCGCGGCGCAGCCGCGGCCCGCGAGCGGCGGCCUCUUCGCGGGGCUCUUCUCCGGCCUCGGCGGCGCGAAGCCCGUCGCCGGCACGAAGGGCGGCGAGCCCGCCGGCGCCGUCGCGAGCCGCGCGUCGAAGGCGAAGGUCGACGCGCUCUACCGGCGGCGCCCGCGGUCCUAA